AUGGCUUCCGCAGCAAACAAUGUUGCGCCUAUCGAGAGCAAUGGCGCGAAAAGAUAUGCCGAAACACCAUUACGAACCGAGGAAGGGUCACGGGGAAACUACAGGUUCAAGAACAAAAGGAUGAAGAAUGGGCAUGCCGAGACUAGUAAGAUAUUGAAAACGAACGGGACCAAUGAGGAGAUUUUGCUGGAAGAUGUUACUGCUCUCCUCAAGAAAGUCAGCCUAGAAAGAGAAGGGAAAGAGAAUUCAUCUACGCUGCCUGAACGGCUAUCAGAGAUCGAGGUCACUAUUCAACAAAUCUCGUCCACCGGGGACGGUCUCGGACUCCAAAAUGGCUCGGACUCAGACCAAGUCUACGUGGUUCCAUUCACAGCACCCGGAGACACUGUAACCGCAAAAAUUUUCAAACACUUCGAGAGGGAAAAAUACUCCAUGGCCGACAUUGUCAAAGUCAUUACGCCCUCACCACACCGUGAUUCAUCACUAGUAAAAUGCCGUUACUUUGCCAGCUGCUCAGGUUGCCAGUUCCAGAUGCUGCCCUAUGAUUACCAACUGCAACAUAAGAAGUCCAUAGUCGAGAAGGCGUACAAGAACUUCUCCAACCUGCCACCAGAGCUCAUACCUGCCAUUGGGGACACCAUCGGCUCACCGCUGCAAUAUGGAUAUAGAACAAAACUCACCCCGCACUUUGACGGCCCGCCAGAUGCGAGGAGGAGCGACGGCCGCAACGGUAUCAAACGUAGCUUCAAGGAGCUACCUCCAAUCGGCUUCAUGAAAAAGGGUACCCGCAUCACCAUUGACAUUGAAGAUUGCCCCAUUGGCACAGACGCUGUGCGAAACGGCAACAAGCGCGAGCGGAAACGUGUCGCUGAUAACCUUGACAAAUACCACAAAGGAGCGACUUUACUGCUGCGAGAGAGCACCGAACGCACUUUGAAGGAAGAGUAUGAUGCCUCAGCAGAGAAAGAUCCCGAUGCAGUUGUCGAGGACACAGGCGUACACCUACACAGGAAGAUCUGCGUGACGGAUCCAAACGCGAAGACGACAGAAUACAUCGGCGACUUCCAGUUUGUCAAUCCCGCAGGCUCGUUCUUCCAGAACAACAACUCCAUCCUCCCCGACUUCACACAAUACAUUCGAGAGCACAUACUCCCCUCAACCCCCGAUCACAAAAUCACCCACCUCAUCGACGCAUACUCCGGCUCUGGUCUCUUCACCAUAACUCUCUCCGCACUAUUCAAAAGCUCGUUGGGAAUCGACAUAAGUUCAAGUAGUAUCCAGUCCGCAACUACAAACGCCGCACUCAACAACCUCCCCGAGUCGUCAACACGCUUCAUCGCUGCAGACGCCGCCCGGCUUUUUGCUUCCAUAUCGUCUCCCGCCGACGAAACGGUCGUCAUGAUUGAUCCGCCCCGGAAAGGCUGUGACGAGUCCUUCCUCCGCCAACUCGUGCAAUACGGGCCUGCGCGCGUGGUGUACGUGAGUUGCAACGUGCACACGCAGGCGCGUGAUAUUGGCGUGCUGGUGGGUGGUAUGACGGGCGUUGAUGGUGGCUUUGGAACGGGAGAAGGAUGCUAUGAGAUUGAGAGUUUGAGGGGAUUCGAUUUCUUCCCGCAGACUGGGCAUGUUGAGGGUGUUGCGGUGCUUAAGCGAAAAAGUGCUGGGGCGAAAACCGAGGAACAGCAGGGUGCGACCAAAAAUGAUCAUGUCUGA